GCUCCAAACUCAGUCGAAGAAGACUACACGAGUGACAUGAAGCCACUGGAAAAACAAGAUAUAACCUAAUACAUUCAGUAGACCUAAUAACGACCUAACUUUUACUGCUCGUUGGCCUGUCUGUUUCCGUUUCUCUUCAAUAAUCCAUCAUUUAAGGGGUGAGAAAUGGCGGUGGAAGAAUUUGUGUCAAAGACACUGGAGCUUCUACAGGACGAGAGGGAAGCUGAAAUAGAGGAGACCAGAUUAUGGCAAGAGAACAUCUCUCUCAAGGAUCUUCAAAAUAAAGGUGUUUGCCUGCUGAAGCUGCAUAUAGGAAGUCUUUCCACUGGCCUGUAUGGCCGAACAGUCCUGAUCCUAGAGCCAAGAAAGCAUCUUGGUUUAUCAUCUCUUCCGAGCAAUAGUUUUGGACCUGGUGAUAUAGUUGGCUUGUAUGACACUGAUGGAUGCACAGCGGCCUCUCAGAUUGCCUCAGGGAUAGUGACGAGGGUCAGUCAAGCUUCCGUCCAUGUGGCCUUUGACGAUUCAAAAGAUGGGCUCAGUUUUAAUACUGACGCUCUUUACAACCUUUUAAAAUUGGCAAAUGAUGUCACCUACAAACGAAUGAAAAACGCCUUGAAUGCAUUAAAUAGAUACAACAAUGGUCCUGCAGCCAAUCUGAUCACUGUUCUUUUUGGAGAUUCAAAACCUUCUUCUCAAUCACAGCCCAAUGAAGUUGGAUUCUUUAACUUGAACCUGGAUGAUUCCCAAAGAGAAGCUGUGUCAUAUGCUUUGUCUCAGAGAGAACUGGCUGUGAUUCAUGGGCCUCCAGGAACUGGAAAAACCACCACAGUGGUGGAGAUCAUCCUGCAAGCAGUCAAACAAGGCCAGAAGGUCCUUUGCUGUGCCCCAUCUAAUGUAGCUGUGGAUAAUUUAGUGGAGAGGUUAGCCCAGUGCAAGGCCAAAGUCUUGAGGCUGGGUCACCCUGCCAGGCUGCUGGAUUCCAUUAAGAAACAUUCACUGGAUGCCAUCCUUGCUCAGAGUGACAACGCAAACAUCAUCACUGAUAUCCGCAAAGACAUCGAUACAGCUUUUAUGGGAAUGAAGAAGAAGCAGGAAAAAGGAGAGCGGGUGAAUUUCAGAAGAGAAAUAGCAGAGCUGAGGAAAGAGCUGAAAACCAGAGAAUCAACAGCCAUUGCUCAGAUCCUAAAAAGUGCUGAUGUUGUGUUAUCCACCAACACAGGUGCUUGUGACGAUGGCCCACUGAAGUUCCUGCCCGCAGAGCAUUUUGAUUGGGUGGUGAUAGAUGAGUGUGCUCAGGCCCUGGAGAGUAGCUGCUGGAUUCCCCUGCUCAGAGCACAUAAGUGUAUUCUGGCUGGUGACUACAAGCAGUUACCACCUACAAUCAAAUCACACAAAGCUGCAUCAAAAGGCUUGUCUCUCAGUCUCAUGGAGAGACUUAUUCAGAUGUAUGGGGACUCAGUAGUCCGUAUGCUGACAGUUCAGUAUCGCAUGAACAGUGCCAUUAUGGACUGGGCGUCGAAAGAGAUGUACCAGGGAAGACUGACUGCUCACAGUUCUGUGGAGAGACAUUUAUUAAAGGAUUUACCAGGAGUGACCUGCGUUGAAGAAACAAACACACCACUCCUUUUGAUCGACACUGCAGGAUGUGGUCUGAGUGAGAUGGAGGUCACAGACGAGCAGUCCAAAGGCAAUCAAGGUGAGGUUGACAUUGUUGAUCUGCACAUAAAGGCCUUGACAGAAGCUGGUGUUAAAGCCAAAGACAUUGCAGUUAUUGCCCCAUACAAUUUACAGGUUGAUCUCCUGCGUCAGAAGCUGUCAACGAGACACCCCGAGCUGGAGAUUAAGUCAGUGGAUGGAUUCCAGGGCAGAGAGAAAGAGGCUGUUGUGUUGUCGUUGGUUCGAUCCAACAGAAAAGGUGAAGUUGGCUUUCUGGCAGAGGACAGGAGAAUAAAUGUUGCUGUUACACGUGCGAGACGCCACAUUGCUGUAGUGUGCGACUCACAGACCGUUAAGAAUCAUGCUUUCUUGAAGUCCCUGAUCGAUCACGUCACCGAGUUUGGUGAGACCAGAACGGCUUUUGAGUACAUCCAAGAUAUCGUGCCACAGAACUACAGUCGUAACCACAGAGACGCAACAACUAAAAUGUCUGCCAGCAGCUCAACAUCCACCAAACAAAAAGUCAGAGCUCAAGCUCCCAACAACACAAAGCAAGGACAGAAAAAGUCAACCAAUAACGGCAAAGAAAAUACUGCUUGUUCAGAGAAGCGCACAAAACCCCGCACGUCAUCAGAGAAUGAACAGAACAAGAACAGAGACGCUGAGAUCAGAGAGCAAGUGGAGAAAUUUCUGAAGGACUUGAAUCAGUUUGAACUACAAUUCCCAUCAUCCUUUAACUCUCAUGAUCGCUUGUUAGUCCACAAGAUUGCUGAGGAACUGUGCCUCGUGCAUGAGAGCAAAGGUGAAGGGAAAGACAGAUGCAUCACUGUCUCCAGGCCCCUGAAGAUGGCACCAGCUGUGGAGACUGCACAAAAAGAAGAAGAAGCAGAGGAGGAGGAGGAGGAGGAGGAUACGAUUCCAAAUCCCCAAAGAGAACCACAGAGUCAACCUCUGUUAGAUUUGAAAAGUUUACAUUUGGAGCGAAUGAAGCGGGAGCAACAGAGAAGAGAAGAAAAUGCCCAACAGAAAAAACAGCACAACAACAACAUCCCAGCAGCUCAGACUCAGUCAUCUAAGAAGGCCAAAGGAAAAAAACGCACAAAGGCAGGCGCCUGCGACAUUGCAGCUGCUGCUGCUCCCGAAGAUGACUUUGACACACUUAUCGGUGCUGUGAUGAAAGCAGACAGUGUGUGUAGUUUUGUCAAGUGUAAAGCAUCUGUGCUAACCCUUGGACAGCUUUGCAUUUUCUGCAACAGACAGUACUGUCUCAGUCAUCAUAUACCGGAGGUUCACGGCUGCGGAGAUAAAGCCAAGUCUCAUGCUCGGAUGAGAAUAAGUAAAGAAGGCGUUCUCUAUGCGGGCAGUGGGAAGAAGGACAAAUCCAUGGAUGUGAAUAAGAAAGCUUAUUUGCAAAGAAAACUGGAUUCUAAAUUGAAAGACAUGGAAUCAAAGAGGAAACCAAAAAGCAAAGAAAAGGACAGUUAAUGUCACCAACUUUGGACAAAUCAACAAUGAAAUAUUUGGAAGUAUUCAUAGUAUUGUAAUACGUUACAAAUGUAAUACACUUGCUUUUCUUAUUUUGAUUUGUUGCAGUAUGGUAGCCUCCAUUUUCCUGCUGAAUUUCAUGUGUGAAUCAGGGAUGUAUCUAUAUUUAAAGUACUACAUGUACCUUAUCAUUUCAUUUGUCAGAUUAAAAACCUAUAACAAGCA